AUGAGUAAAAUGGAUAGAGGUAAUCAGUCCCUGGUAUCAGAAUUUGUGCUUUUGGGACUUGCCCACUCACAGAAUAUUCAGGCCUUACUCUUCAUGAUGUUUUUGAUGCUUUAUCUGCUCAUUGUAUCGGGAAAUAUUGUCAUCAUGGUCUUAAUAACCUUUGACCCCCAUCUUCAUUCCCCUAUGUACUUCUUGUUGGCCAACCUGUCUUUUGUUGAUAUGUGGCUUUCCUCAGUAACUACUCCUAAGAUGAUCACAGACUUUUUCAGAGAAAACAAGACCAUUUCCUUUUCAGGCUGCAUGUGUCAGGUCUUCUUUGCCCAUUGCAUCGCUGCAGGAGAGAUGGUGCUGUUGGUGGUGAUGGCUUAUGAUCGCUAUGUGGCCAUCUGCAAACCACUCCAUUACUUCACCAUCAUGAACCUGAAGAGAUGCACUGGGUUGGUGCUGACUUCCUGGACAAUUGGCAUUGUGCAUGCCUUGAGUCACCUGGUAGUGAUUGUAGAGCUGCCCUUUUGUAGUCCCAAGGAAAUCGAUAGUUUCUUCUGUGACAUGCCACUGGUAAUCAAGCUAGCAUGUAUGGAUUCUCAUAAUUUGGAUAUUUUAAUGUAUGCUGACUGUGGGGUUGUAGGUGUAACCUGUUUUAUUCUGUUGCUCAUAUCUUAUACAUAUAUCCUUAUCACUGUUCACCAAAGCUCUAAAGCUGGGGCAUCUAAGGCACUGUCGACAUGCACUGCCCACAUUACUGUGGUGAUGAUCUUUUUUGUACCCUGCAUCUUUAUCUAUGUGUGGCCCCUCAAUAUCACCUGGUUGGACAAAUUUCUUGCUGUAUUUUACUCUGUUUUUACACCUCUCCUAAAUCCAGCCAUUUAUACACUGAGAAAUAAAGAGAUGAAAAAUGCUAUGAAAAGGUUCAUAAACACCUACAGGGAUUUCCAAGGAAAGUUCUAA